AUGGCUCUCUUUGGAAAUAGAGCUCGUGCCCCUGCGGCACAGGCCCCAGCAGCUAACACUACGACGGCUCCGACGACGACAACAAAACGGAGAUGGGGACUCGGUCGUGGUGGAGGAUUUGGCCGUGGUCGCCAACACACUCCGUAUGCGAUGCACUUACGUCCUAGCUUUGGACAGUGGCUCAGAGUCACUUGGUUGGACAUCUUGACCAUGGUGGCUAUGGGAGCCAUCGGCCUCGGUGUCUACGAAGCCAAACCUGCACCGACACGCUCGUUCCCCGUCACCUUUUCCGAUGGAGAAAUCGUCUGGCCUGAAUUCGGCUACCCUCUUCGCAAGGAGAUUGUUCCCAUCUGGCUGGCAGCUUUCCUCGCCUCCAUUAUCCCCAUCUUCAUCAUCCUCGUCAUGCAGAUCCGCAUCCGCUCAUUCUGGGACGUCAACAACGGUGUCAUUGGUCUCUUGUACUCUCUCAUCUGCGCAGCCGUGUUCCAAGUGUUCUGCAAGUGGCUCAUCGGAGGCCUUCGCCCACACUUUCUCGACGUGUGCAAGCCUGAUCUGAGCCGCGUCACAACUUCAGGACUCGACAGAACCGGAUUCCAGCAGAUCUACUUCACGCGGGACAUUUGCACUGGAGACCCAGACCAGAUUGACGACAGCCUGGAAUCGUUCCCCAGCGGCCACACCACGGCGGCUUUCGCUGGCUUCGUCUACCUCUCUUUGUACCUCAACGCGAAGCUCAAGGUGUUUGCAAACUACCACCCGGCAAUGUGGAAGCUCAUCGCCGUCUACGCCCCCAUCCUCGGCGCGGUCCUCAUCGGCGGUGCUCUCACUAUUGAUGAGUUCCACAACUGGUACGACAUCGUCGCCGGAGCUAUCAUUGGCACCAUCAUGGCCUUUUCCGCAUACCGCAUGCUGUACGCAUCUAUCUGGGACUGGCGCUUCAACCACAUCCCGCUGAACCGCGGCGUGGCGUUCCCGUAUACCGUGGGCAAUGGCGACUUGUUCGACUCAACUUUCACGAGGCGUGUUGGAUGGGGAACGGAGAGCUUUGCCGGUGGCACGACUAAUGGUGUUGGCAACGGAUAUGGACACCACCAUGGCAAGCAUGAAUACGGAUAUAAUAACGGUGCUGGAUAUACCAACGGUGCCGGUCAUACUAAUGGCGCUGGGUAUACUAAUGGCGCUGGACCCGCGGCCAAUGGAGAGUAUGCAAACCCAACGAUGCCUCGACGGGCGGUUGGACACCCUCCUGAGCAGAUGGUGUAA